AUGACGACGAUACCGAUACUCAACAUGGAAUUCGGCGAGCUCAAGGAGAUCGUCUGGACGAAGCUGCAGGAGCCGAAGGCUCAGCGUAAGCUGAUCCUGGUCAUCGUCUCGAUAGCGUUACUACUGGACAACAUGCUGUAUAUGGUGAUAGUACCGAUUAUACCCGAUUACCUUAAAUAUGUCGGCGCGUUCGGAGAGAUAGAAGAGCCGGUCAACGGUAGCGGCCCAGUUAGCCAUCCCGGCCAGGACUCUGCCACGGGGGUGUUAUUCGCAUCGAAAGCGAUCGUGCAACUGAUGGUGAAUCCGUUUUCCGGCGCGCUAAUCGAUCGGAUCGGCUACGACAUCCCCAUGAUGAUCGGUCUCAGCAUCAUGUUCCUCUCGACCAGUGUAUUCGCGUGCGGUAAAAGCUACGGCGUGCUGUUCUUCGCGAGAAGCUUGCAGGGCGUCGGAUCCGCGUUCGCCGAUACCGCCGGUCUUGCUAUGAUCGCCGAUCGUUUUACGGAGGAGUCGGAACGCUCGAAGGCGCUUGGCAUUGCCCUCGCGUUUAUCAGUUUUGGCUGUCUGGUCGCGCCGCCGUUCGGAGGAGCUCUUUAUCAAUUCGCCGGCAAGGAAGUACCGUUCCUGAUAUUGGCGUUCGUCAGCCUGGCGGACGGUUUCAUGUUACUGCUGGUGAUGAAGCCGAUCAAGGAACAGUUGCGCGAUCGCCAUCACGAGCCCAAGUCGACGAUACCGAUCUGGCGGCUGCUGAUGGACCCGUACAUCGCUGUAUGCGCGGGCGCCCUGAUGAUGUCUAACGUCGCACUUGCCUUCCUCGAGCCGACGAUCUCGUUAUGGAUGGAGGACACGAUGACGCACGACAACUGGAAGAUCGGCAUGAUCUGGUUACCGGCCUUCUUCCCGCACGUGAUCGGUGUUGUGAUCACCGUGAGGAUGGCUAAGCAGUAUCCACAAUAUCAGUGGCUGAUGGCGGCGGGCGGCCUCGCGCUCGAAGGUUUCUGCUGCUUCAUCAUACCGUUCUGCAGCUCGUACAAAGUGCUGAUGAUACCGUUGUGCGGCAUCUGCUUUGGUAUCGCGCUCAUCGACACUGCGCUGCUGCCCACGCUUGGCUAUCUGGUGGACGUUAGGUACGUGUCGGUGUACGGCAGCAUUUACGCGAUCGCCGACAUCUCGUAUAGCGUGGCAUACGCGGUAGGUCCGAUUAUAGCUGGCGGCGUCGUCGAAGCGAUCGGUUUCACCGCCCUGAACAUCGGCAUUGCCUUCUCGAAUCUGCUCUAUGCGCCAGCUCUCUACUAUUUGCGUCAUAUCUACGACUUCAAGCCGUUCCAGGAUGAAGCGAACGUGCUGAUGCAGGAUCCGCCCGACAAAGAAUACCAGACGUACGUGUUGCAGGAGCAGCGACCGAUCACUGGCGAGAUUGGCAACCAUUUGAACCAGACGCGUAUGGAAACGAAUAUCGAUCAGGGAUACGACCAAAACUAUCAGACGGCAGGACAAGUCAGUUAUGAUCAGCGUAGUUACGGCAUGCAGAAUACGAUUAAUUACAACCAACCUGCUCACGAGCAACCACCGGUCUACAAUCAACCGGCUGGCUACGCUCAACCUGGUGAUUAUGGUCAACAGAGGAAUUACGCGGCCGAGCGUCAGGAUCAGCGAGGCGCCCAGGCUGACGUGAACCCCUUCAGGAGGCCGGAGCCGGCGGAUCAACGGCCGGCCGGGGACAGUAACCCCUUCAGGCAAGGAAUGUACUAGAGCGAUAGCCGCUGCCGAGUGUCGCCGUAGCGAUCUAACCGAUCGAGCGAGAGUGUGUUCGAGAGUCUUCGUGACAGGCUUCCACGCGUAUAUCGGCAAGAGAGA